UGAUAAAACAGGAGACACACAAACGUUAAAUGUAAACCAGGAAACAAAGCUAAGCUAGCUAGCUAAAUAGAAUAUUUGUAUCUGCGAUGUUAAAUUAUAUAAACACAGAAGCACAAACACUUGAUUUUGCGUCACAAAGUGAAGCCUGUUUUUUAUCCAGCUCCUUUUUCUUCUCCUCCCCUUUGCGCUGACAACCAUAACGUUUUUUUUUGUGAGGAUAUUAAACUACUGCAGAUACUUCCGCAGUACAACGUUCAUCUUAUAACCAGUGCAAAGAGAGCACACAGGUAGAGGAUGUUGUGUGUGCUGGUUCCUCUCCUCCUGUUUGUCGUUACUGAGACUUCCGCCUCGCUGUCCCUAUCAGGGAAUGAGUCAGCCUCUUCCUGCCCACCUCGAUGGCACCUGUUUGGGCAGCGAUGCUUCGCUUUCUACCCCGUGUGGAGCUCCUGGAGCAAUGCUAAUUCUAUGUGCUCUCAGACAGGUGGUAACCUCGUAUCGCUCCGCACACCAGAGGAGAGGCAGUUUGUGAGUCAGCUAGCAAAUACAAACACUUCUGUCUGGCUGGGUGGAUACCAGAUACCACAGAAUGACUCUUGGUUUUGGAGUGACAACUCCACCUUCAGGAUCAGCAGCUGGGUCAAUCAAAGGCAGAAGGAGACCAGAGUCGGUGGAGCUUGCAUGGAAAUGACACCAAAAAGUGGAGAACUGCAUAGCGCCACCUGUGGAGAACUCAGAUUCUACAUCUGCUCCAAAGCCAGUUCUGCUGUUUUCCCCAGCAGCAGUAAACCAGUUGAGCCAGGCAUUGUCCCCGGUGUGAGUUUGUUUGAUGUUGUGUGGGGUCACAGCCACUUGUUGGCGGAGGAGAUUCUCCGUUCUUCUUCAUUCCUUAAAGAGGUGUGGUCCGGUCAGCUGACGGAGCGCUGCUACACCAGCUUCACCCAGCAGGAGGCGGUUUAUCUGCACCGAGUCAGCCACACACUGGAGGCCCUGAUUAGUACUAGCCUCCAGGGAGCAGAUGACAUGAGAUCACUGCUGCUGGACGCACUUAAACGCUACAGAAGCAGAAACCAGAGUGCCAUUGUCUCACCUCUCCCAAAGUGGCUCAAAUACUCCCUCCAGUCUUUCCACUCUGUGGUUUUGGAGGAGCCGGUCUAUUGGCUGGUGGCUCUGUCGGCCCGGGCCUGCCUCCAUAAGUUCCUGGUGGAGGAGCUGCUCCUCUCUGAGCCCAUACUGGUUUCUGGGCCUGAGGCCAACAGCUUCUACCAGCAGUGGAGGAGAGACAGUAUGAAGGACGUCGACUGGAUGAACAGGUACAGAAAGGUUUUAGAGAAACACCAGGAUCACAUGGACGAGUAUCAAGCCAUCAACAUCUUCAGAGAGCACAUGAUGAACCAGAAGAGUCUCUACCGGGCUGUAGGCUGUGAUUAGAGGAUGAUGAAUGUUGAUGAGGUAAAGUAUUUUUCCAAAUGAAAGCAAUAGGCUUUUGAAACGAGACUGAAACAGACCUCUCCAUCAGGAUCAAGGAAAUAACCUCAUAUAUCUUCUACAAGGUUUUCUUGUAGUCACAAAACCUCAUGCGAGAAAUGUUGAAUUUAAGGUUCACUAUACUUUCAAUGCAUUGUUUGCAUUGAAACAAAAUACCUGUUUGUAUUAUUUCUAAUAGGGGUGUCACAAUAUACUGGUAUUGACAAUAAUGGUGAUAUUUGAAAUAUUCAUAUCAUGUUAAUAAUACACAUCUGAUAAUACCAUGUGAAUAAUCCAGCACCUCUUAAAUAAUUUCCGUUUCUUUCAUUUCUCACUUUCCCCCCGGGGGAAAAAUUGGACAAGCUGCCCACAAUUAACUGGUCUUAAAUCUGAAAUAUGUCGUGUAAGUGUAAUUGUUUUUUUUGUAAUUUGUGUAGUGAAAAUCUGAUAUUGUGACAGCCCUAAUAUCCAAUAAUGCCAGUCUAUUACUACUUACUGUAUAUAUAUAAUAUGUUGUCAUAUACAUCAACAAUAAAGGGAAAUAAAAGUUA